GGCAGUCCGAGGCGCUCCAGACCUGAGCCCUUUACCACAGUGUUAUUAUUCAACGAGCAGCGGCAGCAGUGGACCCGCCUGGGCGCCCGGUACAGAAACAGGUGACCCAAGACAGCAGCCGGGCACUUAUCACUGGAACAGGGCGCCUCUCCCGCUGCAUGAGUCCAUGGAUUACAUGACAGUGUCAGAAUGCACCCAGAUCACAUUUGCCGUUUGUAGAAUUGCCGCUUACACGUGUUUUCGAGCUUUGUGUUGUAAAGGACCGCCACCGCAGAGGCCUGAAUAUGAUAUUGUCUGUAUAGGGCUGACGGGCUCCGGGAAGACCAGCCUUCUCUCUCACCUCUGCAGCGAGAGCCAAGAUAAUAUUGUGCCUACCACAGGUUUUAGCAUAAAAGCAGUUCCAUUCCAGAAUGCCAUCUUGAAUGUGAAAGAACUUGGAGGAGCAACUAACAUAAGGAAAUACUGGAGUCGCUACUACCAGGGAUCGCAAGGAGUAAUAUUUGUUCUCGACAGUGCCUCGUCGGAAGAAGACUUAGAAACUGCCAGGAAUGAGCUACAUUCUGCCCUCCAACACCCUCAAUUAUGCACUUUGCCAUUUUUAAUACUGGCCAACCACCAAGACAAGCCUGCAGCUCGCUCACUACAAGAGAUCAAAAAGUAUUUUGAACUUGAACCACUUGCACGAGGGAAGCGCUGGAUUCUACAACCCACGUCACUGGAGAACAUUGAGGCAGUAAAGGACAGCUUCUCAAUGCUCAUAAAUCUUUUAGACGAGACAGAAGUCGAGCCCAUUCAAAUCUGAAAACUCGUUCGCAGGGAAGCCGACGAGUAUGGUCCUUCUGAUGGCAGCUGCUUCUAUUCCAACUGACACACUCAACAGGAACUAAAUUGUAGUUCUGGUAGUGAUUUGUUAGAUGACACAAGGUCUACCUUGGAAUCUCUGAAGUAUGGAAUGCCAUUAUAUUUUGCAACAUUACAAAUGCUUUGUCUUGCAGUCAUAUCUCAUUUUUAUCCAACAUGUAAAUAAGCUCACGUGUUUACUUUCAGCAGCUAUGGCGUUUUCCCGGCUGCUGUUGCCUAUUUCAUGUCUCUUCAUCGCACCUUGUAGGUUAAACAAAGGUCUGGUGCCUGGCUUAGUGGCAUCUGACACGCUGGACAUCAUUAUCUGGUUUGUUUGAAUUCUUAGAUGAGACAACAAGGCUCUUGUUGUGUAAAUCAGGCCCAAUCGUUCUCCAAUGCCUACAUGAUGAUUAACCUCCUAAAGCAUGUUACUUACAAUGAUUUUAAUUACAACCAAGUCUUCCACAAUGACAUAGCCUUCUGAGUGCCAGAUGAACAAAGGCCACCUCUUUGCUACCUACACUAAAUACGCAUUUUGGUAAUUACAGAUAACUUAUAAAGGUGCUUUUUGGAGUUGUUUCAGCACAGCGUCUCUUAAGUUGUUUUAUACAAAGAAAAAGUAGGAUUUAUAAAGAGCAAAAAGGGGUAAUACAGCAUGACACCCUUAAUUUAAGUAAAUACUACUGACUGGAGUUUCUUUUCCACUAGUGAGUUAAUCAUAUCAUUUUUGGGUUUUUAUAUAUUGUUUAAAUACAUAUCUUGAAUUUUCUAUUUUCUUUACAUGUUCCAAAUUCACACACAAAAAUUCACAUUCG